UUACUACUUGGAGUUGCCGGUAAUUAAGCAUGUUCAAAAGACUGAUACACGUCUCGUUUGGUGAGCUAGUGGACAAGUGGACAACUGAUAUACAUUUCAAUAGUAUUGCUGUUGUUUUUUUUUUUUUUUUUUUUAUAAAUUAUUAUUAUUAUUAAAAAAAUUUCUCCAACAUGUAUGCAUUCGACUUGAGUCAAAUUGGCCCAAAUAACAAAAUAAUUCUCCAACAUGAAAAUAAAAUAAGUAUAAUUAUUAUUUUUAGAGCCAUCUCAUAAUUCACCGUCGAAGUCAAACCAUACAAUUUUUCUGUUAGAUAUUGCAUUAUCCAUAAUUUGGGACAUGAAAAGUGAAAAAAAUCUUUUGGACAUAAAGGUUUUUUCUUGAGAAAUUAUGAGAAUAAAGAUUUCCAAGUCGGCAACCAAAGUAAAAGUGGAACUCAGUGAAAGAAGACAAACAAAAAGCAAAGUUUUGCUUGGUUUACUCUUCUUACACUAGUCUUUUCCAUCAAAAUCAAAUCCUCUUCUUCAUGAUUCAUGGAUCCAUUUACUUUCUUCUCCUUUUAGCAGCCAUUAAUAUACAUACCAUAACUUGUACAUCUAUAUAUAUAUAUAUGUUCGGUAGUAUAAUACGUUAAAUACUCCUUGAAAACUGCUCAAUAUAGUAGUAUAUAUCCAAGUGUCUCUGCCAGAGCAGAGCCAAUUGUUGAUCUAUCUCUAUCUUCCAAAUUAUACAGUCUAUGAACCGACACGCACACACAACCUACUACAACUCUACAACACAAUACCUUGUCAUAUGCUACUAUAAUCACUUGAUCAGUAUAUAUCUAUGUUUGUGUGUGUGUAUAAAUAUAUCUAUAUCUGUCCGUGUGUAGAGACUCGAGAGAGACAGACAUUGGUCCGAAUUCAUGAUCUCUGUCUUCUCUCUUCUUCUCCAAAAUGACAACUACAGAAGAAACCCAUGUUGAUUUAGAGGACGGUAGUGGUGGUCGCCGCCAUUCCAUCGCCGCAAGCGACGGAGGAAGUGAGAUUGUGGGUGUCUCUGACAAGAGGAGGGAAUGCUCUGUGCCCGAGUGUUCGGUAGAGGCUGAUCUAGAAGGCGGGUUGGAGGAGGAUAAGGUACAUUUAGCCAAAUCUGAGAGAGAUUGUAGGAUUUGUCAUCUGACCUUUGAUGCAUCGAAUCAAGAAUAUGGUGCUCCAAUGGAAUUGGGUUGUUCCUGUAAGAAUGAUUUGGCUGUUGCUCAUAAACAGUGUGCUGAGACUUGGUUCAAGAUUAAGGGUAACAAAGCCUGUGAAAUCUGUGGAUCAAUAGCACGCAAUGUUGCUGUUGCAAACGAAACCGAAUUGAUGGGGCAAUGGAGUGAUUCUAAUGAGGCUGUUGCAGAAGCUAUUGCAGCACAAGUGCCCCCUUCAGAGGCUCGAAACUUCUGGCAGACCCAUCGAUUUCUUAACUUCUUGCUAGCUUGUAUGGUCUUUGCAUUUGUCAUCUCCUGGCUCUUUCACUUCAAUGUUCCCGCGUGAAAUCCGUUGACCGGGACCAUUUUUAACAGGGGCAAUUGAGAUGAAGCAGAAAACGCCUUAAAGCUCCUAUCAUUUUUUCAGGUACUCUUCUUGGCACCACGGCUGCUCAUUCUUGGUUGUAAGAAAAUCCAAUAUGUACGUGUGCCUUUUAAAUCAGUUGCUUUCCUCUUGAACGGGCUAGUAUGUAAUUAUAUACUGUUGUAAAUUGUAUCUACUGUGGUAAUUCAUCAAAUGUUUCUCGUUUGUAAUUUUAUAGAAUAUAAGAGCUAAAUUUUUUUCUUUUAAUUGAA